AGCAUUUCUGAGCCCGAUCGACGCAUCAACCAUCUCAUGGCAGUUUUCAACCACACCCCCUCUGACCCUUCAACGUUCAUCCUAAUGGGCAUCCCCGGCCUGGAAGCUGCUCAUGUCUGGAUUUCCAUCCCUUUCUCUAUGUUCUACAUUAUUGGCCUGUUGGGAAAUUUCAUGGUUCUGUUUGUUGUAGGCAAAGAACAGACCCUGCACAAGCCGAUGUACCUUCUUCUCUGCAUGCUGGCCGUCAGUGACAUUGGCAUGUCUACAUCCACCGUGCCAAACACACUGUGUAUAUUUUGGUUCAAUUUCAAAAGCAUUACUGUGGGUGGCUGCCUCACCCAGUCGUUCUUCCUACACACAAUUUAUAUGAUGCACUCUGCUGUCCUCGUGACAAUGGCCUUUGAUCGCUACAUUGCCAUAUGUAACCCUCUGAGAUACGCCACCAUCCUCACCAAUGCACGAAUAGCUAAGCUAGGACUAGUGGGUUUGAUAAGAGCUGUUCUCUUCAUUCUGCCCAUGCCCCUGCUCCUGAGCAGGCUGCCAUUCUGUGCCAACCGCAUUAUCUCCCACACGUACUGCGACCACAUAGCUGUGGCAAAGACGUCAUGUGGGGACAUCACGGUCAACAGAAUGUAUGGCUUAGUGAUAGUGUUUUUAUUCACUGGGUUAGACCUGACACUCAUUGUCCUGUCGUAUGGCCUGAUUAUCGGGGCUGUCCUCAGAAUCUCCUCCAAGAAAGCCCAUCAAAAAGCCCUCAACACCUGCACAGCCCACAUCUGUGUGGUGCUGAUUUCUUAUAUUUCCGUCCUCUUCACCACUCUGACACACCGGUUUGGUCAGGGCAUCGCUCCCCAUGUUCACAUCAUCUUGGCGAACCUCUAUGUCCUCCUCCCCCCCAUGCUUAACCCUAUCAUUUAUGGGGUCAAAAUCAAAGAGCUUCGUGACAAAGUGGGCAAAUACAUCUGCAGAAUGUGA